AUUGCCGAAAGAGUCAGGAUCCGUCACCAUCAGGUGUUUACGCACAGCAGCAACAACAAGGAGUUGUAAUCGGACAACAAACGUAUGGACAACCUCAGGCUUACGGACAACAAGUAUAUAGCCAACCUUGGGCUCCCGGACAACCUCAGAAUUACGGCCAAGGUUACGGACAACCUCAGAAUUACGACCAAGGUUACGGACAACCUCAGAAUUACAGCCAAGGUUACGGACAACCUCAGAAUUACGACCAAUCUUACGGACAACCUCAGAAUUAUGGCCAAGGUUACGGACAGCCUCAGAUAAGUGAAAAGGAACAUCAAUCACCACAAGAGGCAAUGGACAACAGAGUAUUAGACACUAGACUAUUUUUUGCAGGAAAUAUGUCAAAGAGAAGCAGGUGUAUGGUGUCAAAAGAUACAUGGCAAGGAAGGAAUCCACACGAAAAAAGUCGAAAACUGGUGAAAAACAUUGACUAUGAAAAACUCGCUGCUGAGGCAACCCCUCCUACACAGAGCACUAUUCAGGCAUCCCCUCCAUCUACUCAAAGCACUAUCCAGACAACCCCGAUAGCUACUCAAAAUACUGAAAGGUCAUCAAGCAGGACAAUAAGGGUUGGACACUGUGUCAGGAAGUCAAGAUGCCUCAGUGGAGAAAUUGGUGACCAGUGUAUUGGAAG